AUGGGAAUUUGGUCGCCGAGGAGCGAAGGCGCGGCCCAGGAGAUCGGCUCGGUUCAAGGCCGCUUGACGCUCACUCCCUCCACGCUUCCUGCCAGGCACAGCAAGUCCCUGGAUCAACUGGGGCCGGAGAUCGCGCCGGUGCAGCCGAGGACCUCGCCGAAGACUCUGCCUCGUUCGGUGUCCACGCAGCUGUUCCCGAGGCAAAGAGGCGGCGGGACGCGGAACGUCACGCCGCCGGCGACCGUGCCCUCGAGAGGAAGGCAGAAGUCGACAGCACCGUCCAGUAGCACGCUUUUCCCUCCUUCGGGGCAGCAAGCCUGCUCCGCGCCGAAUCCAACGCUAGGCUCGACGCCGGUCGUCCCGUUGCCUCGCGCCAAGUCCACGCAGAUGUUGGUGCUGCCCAGGCAACAGGCCGACCCUCAGAACACCUCGAUAACGUCGCUUCUCGCUGCCAUGUUUCCCGAACUGCCGCCCGGUGGACAGCUGCCAGGUUACAGGCCGUCGAACAAGUCCUGCGAGCAGACUCUCGCGGUGCCCACGUGCCUCGGCACGAUGGAUCACGGUCAGAUGACCGACUGCUGGAACGAGAACAAGGCUCCCACUGUCGUCGAAGAUUACCAUUCUCUGGAUACGAGAAGAAUUCGACUGGAGCCACGCAGUCACCGACUGGCAACGCGUCAGCCGUUAUCAACCGCCAACGAUCAAAACAGUUUCCUGCCGGGCAAGGCGAACGUCAACGGCGACACGUUUCUCGCGGAGCAACAGCCUCUUCACACAGCCACUCUCGACCGAGUGACGUAUCGCGGCAACUCGCGCAAACAGUCGCAUCAAACGGGAGGGAAGUACAGCCAGGCGAACGGGCUGGAGUCCCGCAGGUACCACACGAUCGGCAAAACCAGUUCAGGGUUGAACCAAAGGAAUCGGGAGAUUCAGGACUCGAUGAACGGUGGCGGCCACUCGACCAUGAUGGCCGACCCUUUCUACAAGAGGUGCAACUACUUGUCGACGACCACGGACUCUUUCUUCUAUCGAACGAACGGCACCAGCGGCAGAACGCACGCAGAGCCGGAUAGGAUGACGAGGAGGCCAAAGAGCACGGAACGACUGGUGGACGACGUGGAUCGCAACGAGUACGGCGACUUUCGAAGGGAACGACCGCGACGGAGAGAAGAGAGGCCGGGUCCUCAGGUGACGAAGAGUCCGCGCAACGGUGUCCUCGCGGGCUACGGCGAGGCACAGGAGAAGCACAGGAGGCCGCACAGCGAGGACAAGAUGCAAGAGCUGACCAACGAGAUGUUCUACAAAGUGAUGACGGCCAUGUCCGAGCCGAAGAAGGAGCAACGCGUGGAGAAGAGGAAGGACAGGCACUCAAGGAGGCCGCACUCCGCCCCCGUUUUGGACAUCGAUCACCCGGCCGAGGAGACCGGGAGGAAGUGCAGUCACAGGAACAGGAAACCGGCACCACCGCCACCGGCUUAUCAAGACCCCGCGGUGGCACCGUUGCCCAAGUACAGGCCCCCGCCUCCGGUGUCGACGACCAGCGUUCUCGAGGUGGAGAACAACAACAAGAUCAUACUGAAGGUAGAGCCGAUCAAGUCUCCGAUGGAGGCGCCGGCGACGAACGGGACGACGACGCUGUCCGACGUGUCUGGCGGCGGCCCGGCGCCAAGCGUGAAGAGACUGAGAUGCGCGAGCGUGCCGGUGGCGCAGAACAAGGUGGUGGUGCCGCGGAGCGCGGUGUCGUUGCCCUGCAUGCCGAUACGCGACAGCAAGGACAGCCUGAGCAACAACCUUCCCGUCAUUCCGAAUCCUCUGAGCCCGCCGUCCAGCAGACCGAGUAGCCCGACCACCAGCUCCAGUUCCAGCAACCUCACGUCCGAGUGUUCCGGAUGGGUCAGCAGCGGGGACACGUCCAGCUCGGAGCAGCGUCGCAACGCCAAGCUAUCGAGCGAGCAGCUGCGCCAGAAACUGUCGAAGAUCGUGCCGAGGAAGGAGAGGCCGGCGAAGGAGACGGUGGAGGAGCACUCGUACGAGGAGGUGCGACUCCCACCGCCGAAGAUGUUCCAGGACGAGCCGCCGCCGCCGGAGGAGUUUCGCGACCCGCCGGCCAUCAUCGACAAUCCUCUGUACCACGUUUACGAGACGGUGAAGCCGGUCAGGAGUCCCAAGCAGACCAAGACGGCGCCGUGCAGUCCGCAGAAGAACAGGGAUAGGGAUAGGGAGAGGGAGAGGGAGAGGGAGAGGGAUCCUCCGUACGGGGCCAGAGACAUUUGCUUGGACUGUUACCAAGAGGGCAAGGAACUGUUGCAGUCGACGCUCGACGACUCGGUUAACUUUAAGAAGUGCAAAGAGGAGUUCAAGAGGCAGAUGAGCUUCUCGGGGAAGAUCUACAGAGAACGCAAGGAAGCGCAGUUGCGUUUCCAUAAACGUGCCCGUUCCCUUGGAUACGGUGACUUCCUGACCACCACCCCGUCGUCGGUAAAACCUCUAAGAUCGAAUGUGCCUCUUAGUGACUAUACGACCCUGGCCUCGACCAUGCCGUACUUCCACAUCAGCAACGAGUACCGGCUGUUCUCGCCGGAAGGUGCCCAUCUCAUCAUCUGCGUGCACGGCCUCGACGGCAACCCUGCUGACCUUCGUCUGGUCAAGACCUACCUGGAACUGAGCCUUCCCGGGGCGCAUCUCGACUUUUUAAUGUCCGAGAGGAAUCAGGGCGACACAUUCUCGGACUUCGACACGAUGACGGAUCGACUGGUAGCCGAGAUUCUGCAUCACAUCGAGACGUCGGGGUUGAACCCGACGAAAGUGAGCUUCAUCGGACAUUCUCUAGGGACCAUCAUCAUUAGAAGCGCUCUGACGCGGCCUCAAUUGCGGCCGCUUCUUCCGCGUUUGCACACCUUUCUCAGCCUGAGCGGCCCGCACUUGGGCACGCUGUACAACACCAGCGGACUAGUCAACGCAGGCAUGUGGUUCAUGCAGAAGCUGAAGAAGUCUGGUUCGUUGCUCCAGCUGGCGAUGAAAGACGCGUCGGAUGUCAGACGGUCGUUCAUGUUCCGCCUCAGCCAGAAGAGCAACCUCGAGAAGUUCAAACACGUGUUGUUGUGCGGCAGCGCGCAGGAUCGAUACGUGCCGCUUCAUUCUGCUCGUAUAGAACUCUGCAAAGCUGCCGUACGGGAUUCGACCGAACAAGGUGCAGCGUAUCGCGAGAUGGUGCACAACAUCCUGUACCCGGUGAUGUCCACCUCGGGGGUGAGUUUAGUGAGGUACGACGUGCACCACGCGUUACCCGCGACGGCGAACGCUCUGAUCGGCCGAGCCGCGCACAUCGCCGUCCUCGAUUCCGAGCUUUUCAUCGAGAAGUUCCUGCUGGUGGCCGGCCUGAAGUACUUCAGAUAAGGAACGGACUGCCUGGCGAUUCAAAGGGAGCAGAGGAGAAAGAGGAACUAGAAGUCUAACACUAGCGAAUUAAAAUAGCCAGCCACAGGGAGAGAUGAACGAAGAAAGAAGAUUUUAAAAGAAGAGAAGAAGAUCGGAAGGAGCAAAAAUACGUUCGAGAGCGGAUUCUCGUAACUCUCCGUGUCGUCUGCGUGAUCGCAUUUAGGGUUAAUUAGCGCGUCCUGCUCGAUAAUUGCCCCGCUUCUAACUGCGAAAAUCCUUUCGCCGGUCGCUUGCUCCCGUUUCUCUUCUUCCAAACGAUCGACACCCGUCGACGAGAUCGUUCGUCUAAUCGAUCAGAAGCGGGGCAGUUCCGACGUUUUUACUAAGAAGCGAAAAUUAAACGAAACGUCGUCGAUCAGUUUCUCUC